AUGCCCACCUCUAUCUCUACCCUUGUGGUCGGUCUCAAUAAUAUAAACCCGACCGGAGCCAUAACCGCGACAUGUAGUCGAACCAUCUACCCUGACUUAUGCUUAAAUUCGUUGGUUGAUAACCCCGGUUCUCUCAAUGCGAGUGAACAAGAUCUCAUUCAUAUAACCGUUAACAUGACACUCCAUGAAUUCGGAUGGUCCGUCUUAUACUUUAACCCACUGGGUCCGGGUAUAAACCAUCUUAACAUGGACCCAUACAUGUGGGUCGCGUACGAUGAUUGUUCCAAAAUCUUCGAGGAGGUCAUUGGCUAUCUUUCCAAGUCAAUGGAAUCUCUUUACGGUAGUGGCGAUGACCUGGCUAAGCUUGACCCUGAUACACACAAAAAUACAUAA